AUGGCAUUACUCGGUAGACGAAGAUCGUCCUUCCUGAAGCUGGCUGCCUUGUGUGGCGUGGUGUGGUUCAUGGCAGUGUUUGUGCUCUACUCGGAUGAUGCCAAUCGGACUGGCCCGAGUGGUAGUGGCAGUGGUGCGGCAAGUGGUGGUGGAGCGUUGGAAUAUGAGACUCCUCGACGGUUACCGCUCGAGGGCAUCCGGAACAAGUUUAAUCAGUUUAUCGAGAAUGCCCGCCAGGAUGCAAAUCAACAGGAACCGGAAGCGCCCGAACCGGAUGUGAACUUCGUUGAUCACAACCGCCUAGACGAUGCCGAGCCAGUUCUUGGAGCUGUUGAUCCGGACGUGGAUGAGCCUCCGGUUGUGAAAACGGUCAAAGAAGUACCGUCGAGGCCGAGCAGAGUGCAGCAACAGUCGCCAAUUGGUGGUGGUGUUAUUGCUCCACCAAGUGACGGACCGGGUGAGCUUGGAAAGCCCGUCGUCUUGCCAAAGGAACUGUCGCCUGAGGUGAAGAAGUUGGUUGACGAGGGAUGGACUAAAAACGCCUUCAAUCAGUAUGUAGCCGACAUGAUCUCCAUUCGACGAUCGUUGCCUGAUCCCCGUGAUGCAUGGUGUAAAGAAACAGGCCGCUACCUGGAAGACUUGCCACCAACGUCGGUAAUCAUUUGCUUCCACAACGAAGCGUGGUCAGUGCUGUUACGUACUGUACACUCUGUUCUUGAUCGUUCGCCCGAGCAUUUGGUGAAGGAGGUGAUCCUCGUGGACGAUUUCUCCGACAUGCCUCACACGCAGAAGCAGCUAGUGGACUACUUUGAGGCUUACCCGAAGGUCAAGGUUGUACGAGCGGCAAAGCGAGAGGGUUUGAUUCGUGCUCGACUGCUCGGAGCUAGGCAUGCAACGGCGCCAGUGCUGACAUACCUUGAUUCUCAUUGCGAGUGCACCGAGGGCUGGUUGGAGCCAUUGCUGGAUCGAAUCGCUCGCAACACAACAACGGUCGUCUGCCCUGUAAUUGAUGUCAUCGACGACAACACGAUGGAGUACCACUAUCGCGACUCGGGUGGCGUUAACGUGGGCGGGUUCGACUGGAACCUGCAAUUCAACUGGCACGCGGUACCAGAGCGCGAGAAACGCAAGCACAAGAGUCAAGCGGAACCUGUCUGGUCGCCGACAAUGGCUGGUGGCCUAUUUGCCAUCGACCGGGCGUUCUUCGAACGGCUCGGAACCUACGACUCCGGCUUCGACAUAUGGGGUGGCGAAAAUUUGGAGCUCUCCUUUAAGACGUGGAUGUGCGGUGGUUCGCUGGAGAUAGUACCCUGUUCGCACGUAGGACACAUCUUCCGCAAACGUUCACCGUACAAGUGGCGAACGGGUGUCAACGUGAUUAAGCGUAACUCGGUGCGCUUGGCGGAAGUAUGGAUGGACGAGUACGCACAGUAUUACUAUCAGCGCAUCGGCAACGAUAAGGGUGACUAUGGUGACGUGAGCUCACGCAAGAAGCUGCGAGAGGAGCUGGGCUGCAAGUCGUUCCGUUGGUAUUUGGACAACAUUUAUCCAGAACUGUUUGUACCUGGUGAUGCGGUUGCAUCUGGCGAGAUUCGGAACCAGUGGUCUAAUUUGUGUAUCGAUUCGGCGGCCAAACCGGAGGACAUGCAUUCACCGCUGGGCGUCUGGCCCUGCCACCAGGCCGGCGGUAACCAGUACUGGAUGCUGAGCAAAACGGGUGAGAUCCGACGGGAUGAAGCCUGUCUCGACUACGCUGGCGAUGACGUUGUCCUAUAUCCGUGCCACGGUUCGCGGGGUAAUCAGUACUGGAACUACUCCGAAGACUCGCAUCUACUGCGACAUGGCUCGUCGGACCGGUGUCUGGCAAUCAAUGAGGCGAAAAACAAGCUGAUCAUGCAGGACUGCAAUGUAGCAGUCGAGGCACAGCGAUGGUCUUUCCAGAAUUACGAUGCUAACAAGCUGUGAGAGUGCACCGGCUGUAGCUUGAA